AUGUUCGUUCACGUUGAAGAUUUAUCGGCAGGCCACAAUGUCACAGCUCUUGAUUUGGCUGCUUCCGGGGUCGAUCCGAAACAAGUCAAAGAUGUUCCUUCUAUCUCCGAUUAUUUUCAGCCAUUGAUGGACUUCCUGGUCUCUCUUCCUUCACAUGAGAGAGUCAUCUUGGUAGGUCACAGCCUUGGAGGCUUGGCUAUUUCUCAUGCCAUGGAAAGAUUUCCAGAGAAAAUUUUUGUUGCUGUUUUUGUCAGUGCCUUGAUGCCUGGUCCAACCCUCAACAUAUCUACCCUCAAUCAAGAGUCAUUCAGGAGACAAGAAUCUAUACUCGACAGUCGUUAUACAUAUGAUGAUGGACCCAACAAUCCUCCAACCACCUUCAUCUUGGGCCCCUUGUUCUCAGCAACAAAUGUAUUUCAGCUCAGCCCAAUUGAGGAUUUGGCACUGGCAAUGUUGCUGCUUAGGCCGUUGCGUUUGUACAGCGAUGAAGACAUGUCAAAGGUGAUGAUGAUGUCGAGCAAGAGAUAUGGUUCGGUUGACCGAGUUUUCGUAAUUUGUGAUGAAGACAAGCUAGUAAAGAAGGGAUUUCAACGAUGGAUGGUCGAGAAAAAUCCCCCUAAUGAAGUGGUGGAGAUCACAGGAAGCGAUCACAUGGCCAUGAUGUCUAAGCCGGUUGAGCUUUCGGUUCAUCUCCGAUGCAUUGCUAACAACUAUUCUUGA